AUGGAUCCAGUGAUUGCUCUCUAGCUGGACACAAGCGACACCACUCAGAUGUCACCAUAUACAAGAGAUAUUUUCUGGCAGCGAACGCUUUGCGUCUUGCUAUGUUUCGAUCUCACCCGGCGGACGAAAGGGUUCACCUCCCACCCCCCGACGAAUCCCCAUCCCUCGCUCCACCUCGGACACAAGAUAUUGUCCUUGCGAUUGCCGCACGCGUUGCGGAGAAAAUUGUCGCAACGGAAGGAAAGUGGCGAUGGUGGGGAUAUUCCCGGGAUGGCGGACGCCUUUCGGCAGCUCGACAAACUCGGAUCGCUCGACGAAUCCGUUGCCCCGGCGCCAUCCAAGCCAGCCGGCAGUGCCGCACGCGGGUUUUCCGCGCAGUCCAAAGCCAUCCGUACACCGCCGACGGAGCCAGUGACUCCCGAAAAGGAAGCUCAGCAGUACACUGAUAUGGUGAAAGAAUUGGAAAGCAAUAGUAACGAUGAAUUGUAUUCGACCGUACUUGCCGAUAUGGGCGAAAACACCAUCCCAGCGCAAGGAAGUAUCGAUACUGCCACAAGCGUUCCGCCUUCUGAAGCCGAUACGCAGGCGUUCAUGGAUCAAGCUUUGGCAGAGGCGAUGAAGGAAGUCAAGAUCAACAAUCCAUCCAUGGCCGCUUCCAUCUUGGACGAUAAAGAAAUUAUGAAGGAAAUUGAAGCUAUCUUUGAACGGGGCAACGAUAAAUUAUUGCAAAAUCUGGAAGAAAUUCGCAAAGAGCAGCAAGGGUUGGCUCAAGAAAGUGCAGCCGAAAGUGCUCAGAGUGCGGUGGACAGCAAUAAUGACAAAGCCGCUCGUCUAGCACAAGCCGAAUCCUCCAUGGCGGCCGUAUUGAAACGUGUCGGUAAAGAGACGGCCCAAGUCGAGAAAGCAGUGGAGGACUUGAAGAGCGUGCAGGCCAAAAUCGAGAACGACCCCCUAGUCAAGCUUAAAUCGGGCGGGAUUGUUAAGCAAAGUGCUUUAGCGGGAUUCGUGCUAUUUUCGGUGCGGUCCAUUCUGGAUUCGAUAGCAGCGGUGGGCGGAAACAACGAAGCCUUGCUGGCCCCGGCACUUGUACAAGCCGUGAUUGCAAUGGCGUGCGCUGCUUAUUUCUUUCUGGUCUAA